UGCUAUAUUUGAAUAAUAAUGAUAUUCCUUUUCCCAUAAAUAAAUUUUAGUUUAGGAUUUACAAUUUUUUUACUGAAAUUGUUUUCAAAUAAAUUUAUUUUAAUAUUUACAUAAAAUUUAAAAAUAAAACUACACAAUUAAAAGAACUACGAGUCAAAAUAAAAUACUCCCAGGUUCAGGGUUCGAAUCCUAUUUGACCCUCAAGGACAAAGGCAAACGUUGUGUUGAACCGUCUUGAACCGGGCAAUGGGGAAUUUGACUUUGACCAGGCUUUUUGCUUCUUUCUCUUUGGAUACGCCCGUUGUUGCCGUCUCUCUCUCCGCCGUCGCCGGUUUGCUGCCGCCCAACCCCAAUUUUCGCCUCUAUUUCUUCUCUCUCAACUGGUUAAGUUUGUUAUUGCCGGGUUUGAGCUGAGCUCUCUCCGAACACCAUUAUCUUCCCUUUUGAAGAACAUGAGGGAGCUUGUGACAAUACAAGCCGGAAGUUUUGCAAACUUCAUUGGUUCUCACUUUUGGAACUUCCAGGAUGAAUUGCAUGGAUUGGCUGAUAGUGCUGAGAGCAAUGAAGUAUUUAAGAAUCAUUCUCUUAACUCAGACGUGCUCUAUAGGAGUGGUGAAACACAGCAGGGCCUCGUUACCUACACUCCACGAUUGGUUUCAGUUGACUUUCAAGGGUCUCUGGGAACUAUGAGUUCACGUGGAACUUUGUACCAUGAAUCUCAAAGUUUAGAUGUUUUAACAUGGGAGGGUGAAGUUACAACUCAGGCUAGUGACCCUUUGAAAAAGAAUCUCUUCCUACAAAGCUUAUACAUGGAAGAAAAGAACACAAAAAUGACAAACAACAAUGAUGGCAAUGAAAGUAGCUCCCACUCUGAAUUCCAGGACAAUGACAUUGUUGAAUGCUUAGAGAAUGGGGUCCAGUACUGGACUGACUUCUCAAAAGUUCACUAUCAUCCCCAGAGUUUGUAUGAAUUAAGUGGUCUCUGGAUGGAUUCUCAAGAUUUUGAUAAUUAUGGCAUUGGGAGGGAUAUGUUCUACACACAUCAACGAGGUGAAGAAAUAAAUGAAAGGCUUCGUUUCUUCAUCGAAGAGUGUGAUCAUAUUCAGGGGAUACAAUUCAUAGCUGAUGACUCUGGAGGGUUUUCUGGAGUAGCAGCAGAAUUUUUGGAGAGCAUUGCUGAUGACUAUAGUAACAUCCCCGUGUUACUGUAUACUGUACGCAGUCCUGGAUCCUUUAUGAAUAUGAAAAGCCAUAAGUUAAACAUCUCAAGAAGUCUUCAUGAUGCAGUUUCAUUUGCAAGACUAUCAUCCUUAUGUAAAUUGAUUGUUCCAGUUGGCCUGCCUUCAUUAAGCAGAAGUAGAGCAUCCACGCUCCUCAGCAUUAAAGAUGAGCAGCCUUAUUACACCGGUGCUGUUUAUGCAUCUGCAUUGCACUCUUUGAGUCUUCCAUUUAGAAUCCAACAUCCAGAGCCUACAUCAGACCCGCUUUAUGCUUGUGGUGCAGUAGACAUGUAUGAAGUCAUACACAUGUUAGCAGACCAAUCUAGACAGAAUAUGGUUUCUACAUUAGAUGUUUCUAUGCCAGCUCCUUCAUUAACUGGGAAUCCGAGUCAGUGGUCUUUGUUUGAGAAUUUUAUACCCUUGACCCCAGAGGUAGCAAAAGAUAUUGAAGACCUUCAUGUCAUAGAAUGCAUGACAGUUCAUGGAGUCCUAGGAUCAGGAAACCGCAGGGUACCAGUAUCUGAAGUGAAGGAUGCAGUUCAGGAUUCUUAUGAGAGCACAACGCUUUCAGCAAGACCUAAAUUCACGCACCUAUCAGCGACCCGUUGUCCUCUUCCCAUACCAUUGCCUUUUCCCACUCUCUUUGGGAACGCCAUCGGCCAGAAUGGGGAAAUAUUAGAAACCCCUCUUCGUGACACCCGGCCAAGGGGGUCCCUUGAUGUCCACUCCAUUCCCAUGGCAGCAAGACUGCGUUCCACCACUGCCGUUUUACCGUUUCUGGAAACGAGACUUGAAAAUCUCCGGAAGCUUGGUAUCCGGCAAGGAGGAAUUGGGGUGCCUGUUCUUGAGAGUUGGGGUUUUGGGAGAGAAGAGGUUGAAGACUUGGGAGAGAAACUCUCACACAUGGUUAAUACACUCAAUCCUCACUCUGACCUCUCCUCUGAUUCUGAUUGAGUCCUUUCUUGUAUUCUAUGGAGUAAAUUAUAUGUAGUAGCAUUUCUAAAAUGGAAUGGGAAAGGAUUAGUUCUCAUGAAGAUGCUUGUUUAAUACAAAAGGGAGAGAAUAUUUGAUUUUGUGUUGUAUAGUUUGAUAGUUCAUGCUUCAUCUCGUAAAUAAUUUCGGGCUUGUUCU